AUGACAUACUCGCGAGUCGGUGUGGUGACGGGCGCCAACAAAGGCAUCGGAUACGCGAUCGUCCGCCAGCUUGCGCUGCAAUACCCCAAAUCUCACCUGAACAACGGAUCAUUCCUCAUCUACCUGACGGCUAGAGAUAAGUCUCGAGGCGAGCAGGCGGUCAAGAACAUUCAAGGCGAUGCGGACCUCAAGCAGGCCAAGGCCCUGUCCGCACACGGCGGCGCUACCGAGAUCAAGUACCACCAGCUUGAUAUUUCAGACACCGACAGCAUUUCGGACCUCUCCUCGUUCCUGAAGAAGGAACACCCCGAUGGCGUCGACUUUGUUGUCAACAAUGCCGGCAUCGCGAUGCAAGGAUUUGACUCGAACGUGGUGAAGAACACCCUGGCGUGCAACUACUACGGCACCCUCGAAGCGACGAGAGCCUGGAUACCCGUUCUCAAGCCCGACGGCCGCAUCGUCAACGUCGCAUCGGUGUCCGGGGCGCUGAGCCAGUACUCGCCCGAGAUCAAGAAGCGCUUCCUCGACGCGCAGUCGGUCGCCGACGUCACCAAGCUCAUGGAGGAGUUCACCGCCGCGGUGGAGAAGGGCACGCACGAGAAGGACGGAUGGCCGAGCGCGGCGUACGCCGUCUCCAAGGCCGGCGAGAUCGGUAUGACGAGGGCGAUCGCCAGGGAGUUGCAGGACAAGGGAAGCAAGUUGCUGGUCAACUCGUGUCAUCCGGGCUAUGUCGUGACUGAUAUGACUCGCGGAGGGGGGACCAAGACCCCGGACGAAGGUGCGCAGACUCCUGUCCAUCUGGCGAUUGCGGACAUUGGCGGGAAGACGGGAGAGUAUUGGUCUGAUGAGAAGGUUGCGAAGUGGUAA